GGCUGUCGAUGCUGCUGUCUAUUAGGCAGUGGAUAUGAUGCCUGUCGUCGUAUUGAGUGUGCGAUAGCCGGCCGUUUUCUUGCGCUCUUUCUCUCAUAAUUUGUGGCUAUUUUCUUUUGUUUUCCUCUCAUCUUCUGGGUAACAAUGCAGCUGUUCAAGCGUCAUGGCUACAGUCCUCGACUGCUCCGGGCUUCCGCCACAGGUGUGCGAACUCCAAGACCCACACAAGCCUCGAUUUCCCGGGCUAUAUUAUGCAGUCAAUGGCCAUCUUCUACCCGGAUCACAUACGGACCUCCAUAUUACCGGCUUCCUACUAUCCGCCAUUAUGCCAACGGGAGGCCACACCCGCCGGGCGGAACACACCGUAUGAAUUUGGGUGGCGAACCGGAAAAGCCGGCUUUGGAGGCAUAUGGAGUCGAUCUUACUGCUAGAGCAAAGGAUGGGAAGCUGGACCCAGUCAUUGGUAGAGAUGGGGAAAUCCAACGAACAAUACAAAUCCUUUCAAGGAGAACGAAGAAUAACCCUGUCCUAAUUGGUUCUGCCGGUACCGGCAAGACAGCUAUCCUCGAAGGCCUUGCGCAGAGGAUUGUCAGAGGCGACGUGCCAGAAAGCGUUAAGGAUAAGCGUGUGAUUGCUCUGGAUUUAGGCCAACUUAUUGCAGGCGCAAAAUUCAGAGGUGAUUUUGAAGAGCGAUUGAAAAAAGUUCUGAAGGAGGUGGAGGAUGCUCAAGGCGGAGUUAUCCUUUUCGUGGAUGAGCUGCACACACUACUCGGGCUUGGAAAGGCUGAGGGAAGCAUUGAUGCAAGCAAUCUUCUCAAGCCGGCUUUAUCGCGAGGUGAGCUGCAAUGCUGCGGUGCUACGACAUUGAACGAGUAUCGGCAGAUCGAAAAAGAUGUUGCUUUAGCGCGACGGUUCCAGCCGAUUCUCGUUGAAGAGCCAUCAGUACCCGACACGAUAUCGAUAUUGAGAGGUAUUAAAGAAAAGUAUGAAGUUCACCAUGGAGUAAGAAUCACAGAUGGCGCCCUUGUGGCUGCGGCCACAUACAGCAACAGAUAUAUAACGGAUCGCUAUCUACCGGACAAGGCAAUUGAUCUUGUGGACGAGGCCGCUUCUGCCCUUCGAUUACAACAGGAGUCAAAACCCGAUGCUAUUCAAGAACUCGACAGGCAAAUUAUGACAAUUCAAAUCGAACUUGAAUCUCUUCGCAAGGAAACCGAUAUUACCAGCAAAGAACGUCGGGAGAAAUUAGAGGAACUUCUGAAAACAAAGCAAAACAAAGUUAAGGAGCUUACUGCUGUUUGGGAAAAGGAAAAAGCAGAGCUUGAUACCAUCAAACAGGCUAAAGAAGAUUUGGAACGCGCGAGAGUUGAAUUGGAGCUCGCUCAACGCCAAGGUAACUUCGCCAAGGCUAGCGAACUUCGAUACUCUAUAAUUCCAGGACUUGAGAGCAAACUCCCCAAGGAGGGGUCUGAAACGGCAACAACCACUACUGCAGAUGGCGAGGUUCUUCUUCAUGAUUCUGUGACAAGCGAUGAUAUCGCUGCCGUGGUAUCCCGUACCACGGGCAUUCCGGUGAAUAAGCUAAUGGCCGGCGAGAUCGAGAAACUCAUCAAUAUGGAAGACACCUUGAGGCAAUCGGUGCGUGGACAGGACGAAGCACUUUCUGCCGUCGCCAAUGCCGUCCGCAUGCAAAGGGCAGGGCUGAGUGGAGAAAAUAAACCACUGGCAUCGUUCAUGUUUCUGGGCCCGACAGGAGUCGGCAAAACGGAGCUCUGCAAGAAGAUGGCGGGUUUCCUGUUUUCGACCGAAACGGCAGUUUUACGUUUUGAUAUGAGCGAAUUCCAAGAGAAACACACUGUUAGCCGCCUCAUUGGCUCUCCUGCUGGAUAUGUUGGGUACGAAGAUGCUGGUCAAUUAACUGAAGCUGUCCGAAGGAAGCCUUACGCUGUAUUGCUCUUCGACGAGUUUGAAAAAGCCCAUCGUGAUAUAUCAGCACUUCUCCUCCAGGUCCUAGACGAAGGCUUCCUCACUGAUGCCCAGGGCCAUAAGAUCGACUUCCGGAAUACUUUGAUUGUUUUGACCUCCAAUCUCGGUGCGGAGAUGCUUGUUGCAGCAGACUCUUCCGUUGGGGAGGAGAUCUCAUCUGAUAUAAAAGCGGCUGUGAUGUCCAUUGUCCAGUCAUCGUACCCUCCCGAAUUUUUGAAUAGGAUCGAUGAGUUCAUCAUUUUUAAGCGACUUUCGAAGCCUGCGCUUAGGGAUAUCGUAGACAUCAGGUUACAGGAGCUUCAACAGAGGCUGGACGAUCGAAGAAUAACCCUGACGGUGGAGGAUGACGUUAAAGAUUGGCUUUGCGACAAAGGCUACGACCCUCGAUAUGGAGCUCGCCCAUUAAAUAGACUCAUUUCAAAAGAAAUCGGCAACCGUCUGGCGGAUAAAAUAAUCAGGGGUGAGCUUGUCACUGGUCAGGGGGUGAGUGUCAUUUUCAAUGCUGACAAGUCUGGACUUGACAUCGUAUCUACAAAAGCGACGUAA